AUGACCAAAACAAGUGAAAUUAAACACCAGACUUUCAAGGAAGAACGAAUACCAAUAUUGUUCAAAUUAUUGUGUAACCUGGAAAAUGACUGCGUCUUAGCUAGAGUUUCUAUUGUUGUGAUAAAACGCUAUGAACAAAAGCAGCUCUGGAGUAAAGGAUUUAUUGCAACUUACAGUUCCAAAUUCAGUCCAUCCUCAGAGGACAUCAAGGAAGAAAUUCAAGCACACGACCCCGGCCUGAGGGGCAACAAAAUCUCCAGCGGGUUAGCUGGCUUCUUCGGAGCCGGAGAAGCAGGCUACUCGCACGCUGAUUUGACCAGCAUUCCUCUAAUGAAUCCAGGUAUGAAUCCCCUGUCUCCAUAUUUAAAUGUGGAUCCACGAUAUCUUGUUCAGGAUACUGAUGAGUUCAUUUUGCCAACUGAGGCUAACAAGACCCAAGGCCGAUUUGCGCUAGUUCUUUUUUUUUUUUUUUUUUUUUUUUUUUUUUUUUUUUUUUUUUUAACCAGUGGAGGAUGUUGCAUGACAGGGGCUGCAUUUGGGGUAAUGAAUGGUCUUCGGCUAGGAUUGAAGGAAACCCAGAGCAUGGCCUGGUCCAAACCAAGAAAUGUACAGAUUUUGAAUAUGGUGACUAGGCAAGGGACACUUUGGUCUAAUACUCUAGGUUCCUUGGCUUUGCUCCAUAGUGCAUUUGGUGUUAUCAUUGAGAAAACAUCUGGUGCAGAAGAUGACCUCAACACAGUAGCAGCAGGAACCAUGACAGGAAUGUUGUAUAAAUGUACAGGUGGUCUUCGAGAAAUAGCACGUGGUGGCCUGGCAAGACUGACACUCACCAGUCUCUAUGCACUGUAUAGAGACUGGGAGCACAUGAAAGGUUCCCUGCUCCAACAGUCACUCUGAAGUCUUUGCCACCUCAGGAAUGGGGGACAUUUCAUAGUCAUCCAGACCAAUUAAUAAGUCAGUCUGGAGUUGCUUUCUCUCUUGUACCUACAAUUACUUUGAACAUUUGGAGACUCUGAUUUGCUGUGAUGAAGAUCA